CAUCAUUCCGCACACUUUCACACUCUCUGGCACACUUCAGUGCUAUCUGACACACUCUAGCGCGCUUUGGCACACUUUAGUACUAUCUAACAUUCUGUAGCACUCUUUUUGCAUACUUUAACACACUUAAUCACUUUUUAACACUCUUCUUCAGCACACUUCAGCACUCUUUAAGGCUCUCUAGCACUUUUUCAGCAUACUUUAGCACUCUUUAACACUCUCCAGCACUCUUUUUUUUAGCACAAUCUAACACUCCUUUGCACACUUUAACAUUCUUCAACAAAACCUAACACUCUUUAACUCUCUCCAGACCUCUUCUUCAGCACACUUUAUCACUCUUUAGCACACUUGAACAAAAUCGAGCACACUAUAGCAUUCUUUAAGACUCUCUAACACUCUUCUUCAGCACACCUUAGCACUCUUUAGCACACUUGAACCCCUCUUUAACACACUUUAGUACUCUUUACCACUCUUUCGCACUUUUACACUUUCUGACCUCCAAAUUUUUUUUAACACUUUUUGGUGCACUUUAGCACACUAACACACUUCUGCAGUCUUUUGCACUCUUUAACACUCUUUAGCACUUUUACACUUUUUGACCCCAAAACAUUUUUUAACACUCUUUAGUGCACUUUAGCACACUAACACACUUCUGCAGUCUUUUGCACUCUUUAACACUCUUUAGCAGUCUUACACUCUUUGACAAAUCUUUUUUAAACACUCUUUAGAGCACUUUACCACACUUCCGUAGUCUUUUGCACUAUUUAACACUCUUUAACACACUCCAGCACUCUUUAACACUCUUUAAUACACUUUAGCAAUCUUUAGCUCUAUUUAACACACUCCAGCACUCUUUAACACUCUUUAAUACACUUUAGCAAUCUUUAGCUCUAUUUAACACAAUUUAGCACUCUUUAACACUAUUUAGCACUUUUUAACACACUUUAACACUCUUUAACCCUAUAUAACACUCUUUAGCACACUUUACCAGUCCUUAGUAUUUUUUUAACACACUUAGGCGCUCUUUAACCCACUUUAACCAACUUCAACAGUCUUUAGCACUCUUUUGCAGACUUUAAGACACAGUAGCAGUCUUUUAGCACACUUUGGCACACUUGCGAGCACACAGCGAUGCCUGUGAGCGGGAAAGUGUGCGUGGUGACAGGAGCAGCAGGAGGGAUCGGCAAAGCGAUCAGCGAGGUGCUUUUUAAAAACGGAGCGAAGGUGGUUCUGUUGGACGUGGAUGAAAGUGCCGGAAGGAUCCUCAUGGAAGCUCUGAACAAGGAGGACGGUAAAGACCGAGCUUUGUUCCUGAGUUGUGACGUCCAAUCAGAGGAGCAGAUGAAAGCUGCCCUGGAGACGACCAUGAAGAAGUUUGGCAGGAUGGACGUCCUCUGCAACAACGCAGGUGUUCUAAACGAGGACGACUUUGAGAAGACUGUGGCCAUCAACUUGGUGGCAGUGAUCAGAGGAACUUACCUGGCACUGCAGCACAUGAACAAGAUGGCUGGAGGACAGGGAGGUGUCAUUGUCAACAUUUCAUCCAUGGCAGCGUUCAAACCUCUGCCAGGCCUGCCCGUCUACAGCGCCACCAAGAGCGCCGUCAACGUCUUCACACGAGCCAUGGCGGAUAUCUCCGCCAGGUUGGGCUACGGCGUGCGCUUCAACGCCCUUUGCCCCGCCUUGGUCCAGACCGACAUCUUCUCCGGGCUGCAGGCCAAGAUGGGUCCGUUCUGCCAACUGGAGGGACCCACGCGGGAAGUGGUCGACAAGCUGGGUGUGCUGAGCGUCUCCCAGGUGGCCGAGAGCUUUCUCCAGCUGGUGACAAACGAGUCCAAGAACGGGGAUAUCGACCUGUUGGCCGCCAACGGAAUGACGAGCGACCAGUCGCCUCAGGAGCCAAAAUGAUAUGACAGUGGACCCAAUUCAAGAACCAAUUCAGCAACCGAGAAGAGUAAAGCAAAUUUCCUCAUAAGAAACAAUGCAAAUAUCAAUAAUGGCUUUCAGCGUCCACAAAAGUCCACAUUUUAGUGAAGGUGUGUACACUUUGAACACAAUAUCAAGUGCUACACAGUACUGUAUAUCUAACAAACAUAACAAGGGGGUGAUGGAUCAACUAUCUCUUUAUUAACAAGCUAAAACAGCAAAAACGACAAGCUGAACUGUCUUUUUGGUGCCCUCACAAACGAUCAGAAAUCACCAAAAACUAUAUUGCUACAAUAAUAAACAUUUAAAAAAAAAUAAAAGGAGCAGCUCACGAUAGGAGACGGGGAAAGGGAGGAGGCGCAGCCGAGCAAAAAAGGUCGUCUUCUAUCUUGCUGCGAUACAAGUCCGCUUGGGCAUCUUUUUCCAUUGAUUGAUUGAAACUUUUAUUAGUAGAUUGCACAGUACAGUACAUAUUCAGGACAAUUGACCACCAAAUGGUAACACCCAAAUACGUUUUUCAACUUGUCGGGGGUCCACGUUAAUCAAUUCAUGGCACACUCCAUGGGACACUAAAUGAAUGAGUGAACAAAGAGCUGGCAAAUAGAGGGGUUUGUAAAUCGAGGUUCUUAAUGGUACUUAAUGUACCGAUUGUUCCAAAUUAUCAAGCUAAACUGUGCAACUGUCCCUUAUGUGCCCUCACAAGCGAUCAGAAAUCACAAAAAACAAUAUUGUUAUAUAUUAAUGGUACUUAAUGUACCGAUUGUUCCAAAUUAUCAAAUUCAAUUUCAAUGAUUAUCUUUCCUUCUGAAGCCACCGCAACCCAGAAAAAUACACGUUUCUGCAAUUCAAUCAUCAACAAUGUCCUUUGCAGAGGACAAUGGUAAGUAUGUGUGUCAAAUGUAUUGUCAGUUAUGAGGACUUUGUUUUCAGUGUCUUCAAGACAACGGUUUCUCAGCGGUGUCCAGAUAAGCCACGCCCCCUUUUAGCCGUGUGCCGACGGCGAGUCUAAGCUAGUAGGGUCAAAACAUUCCAUUGUUGUAGAAACCACGGACAGGAAGACAAAAAGAAUGUUGACACAUGAUGGAAAUACGAUGGAAACAGGGACACGAGCGAUAAGAUUUUCUUUCUAAACAAAAAUAAAAUGUGUAUUAAUAGCAAAUGUUUUUGCAUUGUCAAUAAAAUAAAUUGAGAAAAAAAGCAAGUUGUGAUGUAUU